AUGCGUUCAAUACUACCUCUCCCGACCUUCCUUUGCCCUGCACUUGAUCGCACCUGGGUUGCAUCAACCACCACGUUACCACGGCGGCUCCGUUCAUCAUAUAUUGCCUUGAGCAAGCGGCGGCUUUCGACCCGAUCGCCGAGGCUGUCCUCGUCGCAAUUUCACCGUUCCGAUUUUGUCAAUCAACCUUUCACCGGAACGUAUGAGCCAGGGUUGCCUACGACUGGCCCAUUAGGCGGAGCUUCGAUUUAUGGCUCUCGCCUGACUCCCAAAGCUCUGAAACAGCACCUUGAUCAGUUUGUCGUCGGUCAAGAGAGGGCUAAGAAGGUGCUGAGCGUGGCCGUCUUUAACCACUAUCAGAGAAUACAAGAGUUGCAGAGACGUGAAGAGGAGGAGGAAGAGCUGCUUGCACAGAGGGAAAGGAGAGAGCGACAUCCUGUCGAAAAUGAGUUUCCCGGCCAGCAAUCCACCGUCCGUAUGGGCGGGCCGUCUGCUUCACUUAACCAGCGGACAGGUAGCUCGCUCUUGGUAGACACAAGUCCUCUGACCCUGGAGAAGUCAAACAUCUUGCUUCUUGGUCCCAGUGGGGUGGGAAAGACAUUGAUGGCAAAGACUCUUGCCAGGGUUCUCUCUGUUCCCUUUUCAAUGUCAGAUUGCACACCCUUCACCCAAGCUGGAUACAUUGGCGAGGACGCCGAGGUCUGCGUGCACCGGCUGUUGGCCGCCGCCAACUAUGACGUUGAAAGGGCUGAACGAGGCAUUAUAUGCCUGGAUGAAGUCGACAAAAUAGCAACAGCGAAGGUCAGCCAUGGGAAAGACGUGUCGGGCGAAGGUGUCCAACAAGCACUUCUGAAGAUCAUCGAAGGGACUACCAUUCAAAUUCAGGCAAAACCUGAGAGGAAUGCUCCUCGGGCAGGUGGUCAGUCGCAGACGUACCCGACUAACAGUCCUUUGGGCGCCGGGUUCUCCUCUGGAUCAUCAGGCGCUUCGGCUGCUCCAGCGAAAGGCGAGGUCUAUAACGUACGAACGGAUAAUAUCCUCUUCAUCUUCAGUGGUGCAUUCAUCGGACUUCAAAAACACGUUAUGGACCGCUUGACGAAAGGAAGCAUUGGAUUCGGGGCCAGUGUACGAUCUAGCUCGAAUCUGGUCUCCUACAGCCGUGAUCAGAAAUCUACCACAAUUACUCCUGUCCCCAUCUUACCGGGAUCUCAAGAAGAGGCUCUUUACAAGAAACAUCUGCCCUUCUUCACCCCGGCACCAGCGCCAGAGCAGACAAAUAUGGAUGGCUCUCCUCCAGAACCAAACUACUUCAACCCGCUCGACCUAGUCACCCCAGCCGAUCUGCAGUCCUACGGCUUCAUCCCCGAGCUUAUUGGUCGUAUACCGACUACUACUGCUUUAUCCGCCCUCACCCAUUCUAUGUUGCUGCGAAUCCUUACAGAACCCCGCAAUUCGCUAGUGGCACAAUAUAUCACGCUGUUCUCACUCUCUGGCAUCGAACUCCGCUUUACCACCCCGGCUCUUCACGUGGUUGCUUCGAACGCCUUGGCGAUGGGUACAGGAGCUCGAGCUCUACGAACGGAGAUGGAGACCAUCCUCGGCGAUGCUAUGUUCGAAGCACCCGGAAGUAGCGUCAAAUAUGUUUUGGUGACUGAACGUGUAGCAAAGAGGGAAGAAGGAGCCAUCUACUUUGGGAGAGGUCAAGGUGGCAAAUUCCAUGCUCUUAUCGCCCAGGAGGAGGGCGACUGGGAAGACAAGCAGAAAAAGAAAGACCCUGGCCGGAAAGGCGAGUCUGUGUCCGCCAGCUUCGAGGAUUGGAGAACGAAGACAACAGUAGCUGCUGGAAGCGGCGGCUGA